AUGUUCUUGAAGUCGGGACGACGCUACGGAACAGAAGAGACUUUGCAGGUUCUGUUUGAUUUCAUUCAGAGUAUGCCAAGAAAUGGUAGUUGGGUAUCAUAUCUUUGCCAUGAGGAUGAAGAAGCGUUGUGGUAUGCACCAACAGAAGACGUCCCUGAAGGUUGGCAAUUUUUGAAUGCUGAUCCUGGCACGAUAUUGACCGACCAGCGCCAGCAUCGAUUUCUGGACGAAGGGACUCACCGUAUUAAUACUCUGGGAGCAUCAUCGGAGUGCUUUUCGAAGCUUUCUACCGAGUUGAACCAUUACAUGAUUGCCUUCUUGGACACUGUGUCUUUUUGCAACCUUAGACUUUCAUCAAGGACUAUUGCAAAUCUCACGAAACCCGAAGACUUACCCCAAGCGUUCUGGGCAAGUCGAUUCUCAGAUGGUCGCGAAAUGGACUUCUUUCCAGUGGGCCACAGCACCACGGAGACAUGGCGAGGGCUGUACUUCAACCUGAAGCAUUCUUUGCACGAUACCUCUACAAGAGGGCAUAUGCGAAACCGACGACGAAUUUGGAACUGUGUUGGCAACAUCACGCCCUGUAUGAUCUCUAUGCUUCACCAACAACCGCUUUUGCAAGACACUGCUCACUUGGAACAGGAGGUAGCUAUCAAUAAGCUUGAAUUGACGCAACGAACACAAGGAUUCAAAGGGGCGCCAUGUGGAAACCCUUCAGAGGGUAUCCGUGUCACAGGCUCACGAUAUCUGAACCUGCGACCUCGGUCUGUACAAACUAAGACUUUGAGCAUUUCAGCAUCCAAAUUGAAUCUCGAUAAGAGAGAGUAUAUAUCCGGGUUUCGAAUUUUUAAGCAGGACGGCGAUGAGAUAGCUCCCAUUGGCGUAUUUGAGCCCGAUGCAGAAACGCAUUUCAGUUUCGGAUCAUCUGAUAACGUGAUAGCUGUCCAUGUGGCUGUUACCUUUGGUGGUAUCGUUGGUCUUGCUUUUCGGGUCAAGGAUGCACUUGGUGGGGUAUCUUGGAGGACAGUGGGUAAAGUUGACAAGCCUGAUGAAUAUGUCGGCAUCAGAAUGUUGAAACCCCAAAAUGGCGGCUACAUAUCUGGGUUAUUACUUGGUCUCGAUGCUUGUAAAGUUGUUUCUACCCAGCUGGUGGAGAAGCAGAACCGACUCGUUGGCUCGAACACGCAAACGAAUCUCAUACAACAAGUAUGGCAUCCUGCGGCUCCCCAACCAGACGUGGUAAUUAUACCACCUAUUACCGCCAUUCCCAUAGCACCGCAGCCAGCUUUCAUCUUGAACAUAGACUUUGGCGGCCCAAGUGGUUCACUGCUUCCACUUCUCAACCGAAUCGCAAUAUUCCACGAUGACAGGAAUGCCUCUAUCAAAGGCCUAGGCUUUUACUACACCGAUGGAACAGAAAGGGAAUUUGGUGUCCGUCAAGUCUUAUGGAAUACCAGAGAGCGAUGGUCAUGCAUUGAACAGUCGUUGUUUAUCAAUGGACCGGCUGGUGAGAGGAUUACUGGUGUUGGGUUUAGGAGCAUUCAAUAUCAUGAAGGGCAUGUUAUGCUCUACCCCUUCUCUCUCAUGAUAACUACCAAUUUUGGACGACGUUUGAAGGCGACUAACAUGGGCAAACCGUUGGAUGAUCCUGAGGACGGCUCUGAAAGACAUAACCUAGCUUCGCCUGAUGGAGAGACUAUAACUGGGUUUCUGGCACCCCUCCAUAUGAGUACAUCGUCGGGCGCAAUGGAGUCCUUGGGACUGGCACAUCUCAACCAUCGAGAGCCUAUUCCGAUUGAGUCCCCACUAUCGGGUUUUAACUAUUACAAAGAGGAAGCUCGAUCUCGAGUAGACCCCAAGGAUGAAAGGUAUACGCACGGACAUCCCUCGUCGUCUGUUCGUCUUGACGGCGUCAAGCGCAUAGGUAUUUCAAUCGGCAGAAUAGGACGUACGCGAAGACCAGAUAAUGUAUCAGGUUUCUGUUUUGAAUUCUGGGAUGGAAGAUCUCCAGUCUUCGUUGGUCAAUGGUAUAAAGAGAUUGCUCAUCUUGACCUUGAUGAAGGUGACAGGAUAGCGAGCUUCACUUUCUGGGAAGAAAUAGAGAUUCAUCCUGAUAUACCAUCUCGUGCAGGAAAUGGAAAGUUUAGCGGUGUCCGGAUCGAAAAGUCUGGUGCUGAACCAAAUGCUGUUGAAGUACAUCCUGGAGAACAGGGGGAUAUUCAUGAAUCUUGUCAUGCGGAAAAUCACUUUGAUAGAUUGGACGGUUUCAUAUGGAGUCUUUCGCAUAGAGCUGACUCUGUUCAGGUCGUGACGAAACCUACAGAGCUGGCCAAGGGCUGUCUUUCGAGAAAGCCUCAUGAACACGAAGCAGUAUACAAACCAAGCGAUAAGCUCUUCUGGAGAAUACAAGGUAAAGAGGGAGACUGGACAAGUGUAUCCCAAAUAAACGUCUUUUUCAAUCCUAACAGCAAGCGACUCUGUGGUCUGGAGUUUAUAUACGAUGAUAAUCAGCUUAAGCAAGCUGGCUAUACCGAGGGAACUAAAGCGACGCUUACACUUGACCCAGGUGAGGAGGUCACAGGUGCGUCUUGGAGACGCAGGAGAUCGAUCAGCGGUGACCGGCUUUCUGUAAUGGAUGAGGAGGAGCAUAGCCUGGAUAGUAUGAACCGUUGUCAGGUUUGCAAGACAUCUUGGGACAUGUGUGAUGCACGGAAUGGAAAGGUGAGCGAGGGCGUGAGGAAGUGUGUUGGGGUCUAUAUGGAUAUGCUGGGGGAUUUGAAACACAGGGUCGUUUGUAGAACCUUUGGGCAGGUUUAUGUUGAGCUAGCUGAUGGGUUGUGGACGUGA